AUGGAGGCUCAACCGAGUGAACUUACGCUGAAACCUACAAUAAAUUGCCAGAAAGGAAGCUGUCCUCAUCAGAACCGUUCACCAGAUGAAUGGGCUUCGCUUAACCUCUUUUGGUGUUCCCGCUGCACGAGAAUCUGGUGUGACACAUGUUGGAACAACGUUGACGCGCAUGGGGCGAUAGAGGAAAGGCGAACAGGCUGGCUACGCAGAAUGGAAGACCAUGAUAAGUGGAAGGUUCCUCUGCAAGAUGACCCAUUGAAGAAAUUGCUAGUCAAGCACCAGAAUGAAAGGCGUUCGUUGCAUCUUACACAACAGCUACAUGUCCACAGCCUGCGUGCUGAACUUCUCAAUAACCACCAGCUGGAGGAGAGUAGCAGAGGCUUAGGUGAGCCCUCAUUGGCGGAGCGACAGGAGCAGGAUUACCAAGGUCAAUUGAUGCGACUUGAGCAGGAAAACAAACGGCGCUUGAUGAGGGCUCGACAGGAAAUGGAAGAAAGUCGAGAAUGA